AUUUAAAUCAGGAAGCAAAAGGGAGUUUAAAAAAUAAAUAAGAAAUGAGUAACCUAGAAACUAUUAUCUUCACCAUUGUAGCUGCUCUCUUCUUCCUAGUGGUCUUUCUUGGCCACUGGUUGCUAAGAGGUCAGUUUUAUCAAACAUCGGCAAAUGAUCUUAUACCAAGACUUCAAUAUUAUACAAAUUCAAUAUGGUCAGGAUAUAACCACUUUGUAUUUUGGUUCGGUUGGGAAUUCCUUUGGGUAAUUGCUGCUGGAUUUUAUGCUAAGUUUAACAGAGCCUCAUCCGCAUUCCUGCUCACAUCUACUUGCAAAUUCAUAGUGUUCAUAUCUCUUCUUAAAAUGUUUUGGAAUGAUCCUGCUCCAUACAUGGACAAAGAUCUUAUCCGUGCCGGAAAAUGUAAUCAGGACACCUUCCAGACUCCAUCCCUUGAGGUUUCUGUUGCAGCUUUUGCUUACAGUAUGAUGUUCUACCUUGCUUAUGACUGGAUUGACAUUGUGAGACCAAGAGUAAAGGGGAAUGAUGGAAACAAUAUCCAAGGUGAUAAUAAUCAAGCUUCAUAUGAAGAUGAAGCCAAUGAGUUCUUCCUUCAUGAAUCGUCUGACUACCAAAGGACAAAGGCUAACGAUUUUUCAUUCUGGGCUAUCCUUGCUCUUAUCCUAUUUGGUGUAUUCAUGAUUGCUUAUGCAGCAAUGUACUUUGGAAUCAAUAGUCUAGAUCAAGUAUUCUACGGUAUGUUCUUGGCUUAUGGAAUCUUCUGUGUGGUAUACUUCUUUGUGAAGGACUGGGCAAUUCAUAGAUACAUCCUCAUCUCAGAGAAGAUGAUCCCUGUCUCUAAGAUUGUUAUAACUUCAGUGCAACAAAUAGUACUAAUUGUGCUCUUGAUAAUUGUUGCUAGGAUUUAUUAUGGCUUCCAAACAAAUGGAUUCACUGUAAACCCUCACUGGAAAUCAGAGCAUGCUGACAAGUGUAAAAUACUAUCUUUCCCAGGCUUCUUCGAUAAGGAAAUGGGAAGAAUUUAUAACUUCCUCUUCCUAGAUCUCGGAAUUAUCAUUGGAUUGGUGUUUGACUCACUCAUUCUUGGAGGGACAAGAGUUGACUACAACCAACUUAGAGAGUCAGAAGACCGUAACUCUCUCGUAGGAUUCAUUUUCAGAUUUAUUAUGACUGUCGGAUGGAUCAUCGCCUGCAUCAUCGGAAUGGAUUACUUAUUGGGCAUGCUCGUUCACCAUUGGCUGUUUAUUAUAGCUAUACCAUAUUUCGUGUGCGGAUUCGGAUUGUUCACAUUCAUCAAGUACAUUUUUGAGGUUGUGGGAGCAACCAGACCAGAGAUCCAUCCAAUUCUGGAAAUAAAGUCAGUUGAAUUGAGAAUAGAAGACUAAAAUUAUGAAAACUGUGAUUCAAAUCUGUUGAAUUAA